AUGCCCCCACGUUCCACUGCUCAAAAACGUUUACUAAAAGAGUAUCAACAAUUAUCAAGGGAUCCACCACCUGGAAUAAUAGCAGGGCCAGUGAGUGAAGAUAAUUUAUACAAAUGGGAAUGUUUUUUAGAAGGACCAUCUGAUACCCCAUAUGAAAAUGGCGUAUUCCCUGCUGUUUUGACUUUCCCCAAGGAUUAUCCAUUAUCUCCACCGACAUUAAAGUUUGAUCCACCAUUGUUGCAUCCAAACAUUUAUGCUGAUGGUACUGUUUGUAUUUCGAUUUUACAUCCUCCUGGAGAAGAUCCAAAUCAAUAUGAACGCCCAGAAGAAAGAUGGUCACCAGUGCAAAGUAUUGAAAAGAUUUUGUUGAGUGUUAUGUCUAUGCUUGCAGAACCUAAUCCCGAAAGUGGGGCUAACAUCGAUGCUUGUAAAUUAUGGAGAGAUAAUCGUACCGAAUAUAAUCGACAAAUUAGACAACAUGUCAAAGAGUCAUUAGGACUCUAG